AUGAAUCGCCACCACGAUCCCAACCCUUUCGAUGAGGAGGAGGAAGAAGAAAUCGUCAAUCCCUUCUCUAAAGGAGGUGGAAGGGUUCCUGCUGCAUCUAGACCAGUUGGAUUUGGCCAAAGCCUCGAUGCUACUGUUGAUAUUCCCUUGGAUACCAUGAAUGACUCUUCGGAGAAACAGAGAAAGCUUGCUGACUGGGAAGCUGAACUUAGGAAGAAAGAAAUGGUUUGUAAGCUAACAACUGAUGUUGCUGCAGCCGGUGUUCAGAUUGAUGACAAAAACUGGCCGCCGUUUUUCCCAAUCAUACACCAUGACAUUGCUAAUGAGAUACCGGUUCAUGCACAAAAGCUGCAAUACCUGGCUUUUGCUAGUUGGUUAGGUAUUGUUUUCUGUCUGUUAUUCAAUGUGAUUGCCACCAUGGUCUGCUGGAUUAAAGGCGGGGGUGUCAAGAUCUUUUUCCUUGCCAUAAUAUAUGCGUUGAUGGGAUGUCCACUUUCUUAUGUUGUGUGGUACAGGCCUCUCUACCGAGCAAUGAGGACUGACAGCGCUUUGAAGUUUGGUUGGUUUUUCUUCACCUACUUGAUUCACAUUGGCUUCUGUAUCGUUGCCGCCAUUGCCCCGCCAAUUUUUUUUCAGGGAAAAUCAUUAACGGGUGUGCUUGCAGCCAUCGAUGUCAUCUCAGACAGUUUAUUAGCCGGGAUCUUCUACUUUAUCGGAUUUGGUCUCUUCUGCUUGGAGUCACUUCUGAGUCUAUGGGUUCUUCAGAAAAUCUAUCUCUACUUUAGGGGGAACAAGUGA